AUGCCGGACUUCAGCAAUUUAAUGUUGCUUCGGCUCGCCGCGCUCGAAUUGCUCCGCGCCGCCGACCCUAACCUUUCACACUACUGCCUGCUGGUCUCCUGUGCGUCGCCGUGCAAAGAUAAACCGCGCCGCGUCGACGCGAGCGGACGCCCCACGCAGCGCUGACGGAUGGCUCGCCGAAAGGCCGGUUCUGCUUCGUGCCCGCGCCGUUCCUCGCGAUGAACGGAUGGAAAUCACAAUUCGACGCGCGUCGACGGUCGCUACGGGCGCUACGGUCUCUACUAUUGAUCCGACGUCGACGGCGUGCUGGAGCCAUCGCGUCGGCCGCCACGCCAUCGACGCGACGUCGUCGCGAGUCGCGACGUGCUCUCGCGCAGGUCCUCAUGGUGUACCAGGCCGUCGACUUCCUCUCGCGCCUGGCCAAGGCGCGGCCCCACGUGCUCGGCGGCGGCGGCGAGGCGGCGCUCCAGGCGUUCUUCCCGAACCGCGUCCCCGUCGCCUGGGACAUCCGCGCCUGGCCGCCGCAGUUCCCGCCGCUGAUGGCGGGCUGGAUCGACACGGUCAUGCGGCGCCGCGAGCAGCUCGGCGAGCCGCUCCGCCGGACGCUCGUGUCCAUGGUCGAGCAGGCCGAGGCCGACGCGACGACGCCCGACGCGGAGAUCCCGCGGAUCCUCAUGCAGUUCGCCCAGUCCCUGCCCGACCGCGCGCACGACAUCUACCAGGACAAGGACGCGCCGAUCGCGUGGAACGACGUCGCGGACGCGGCGACGAUCGCUGCUCUGCAGAUGCCCGACGGCUUCGGCUCCGGCGACGUCUUCCCGAGCUCGGUCUCCGUCGCGCGCUCGGUCGCGGCCUCCUUCGUCGCGGCGCGGGCCGGAUCGAGGGGCUAG